AUGAGCGAGUCCUUUAUCGAGAAAGCCACUGCUUCGGAGACAACAACAACAACAGCGGCAGCAGAUUUACCGGUGGUGGCGGAGGAGGAGGAGGCGAACAGCAGUCCACUUCACUCAGUGGUGGAAGCGUCGUCUGAGGCAAACACCACCACCACCGUUAGUGCUCAUUGCCAAACGCCCUCAUCUGUUUCGCUGAAGGAGCCAUCCAAUCCUGCAACAGCAACAACAGCAUCAUCAGCAGUGGUAGUAGAAAGUACGCCCACUGCUGCUGCUGCUGGUGCUCCUCGGCGUGCUCUGAAGACAGCCGCAAAGACGACAGGUUUAACCAGCAGACAGCUGCCGCCCAGUGUACAGUUCAGCUGCUUCUCCGAACAGAAGGGGGUGACCUUCAGGAAGCAAGUGUGCCUUUCCACUAAUCUCUUUGAGGAGGAGAAGCCCACUGGCGAACAACUGGACGACGCCGUGGAGAAGAAGGCAGAGAACGCCGAGAACGCCCUCAGCCACAAUGACCUGGUCACCACCGUUGAGGAGAAGGAUCACAACAGCCUGACUGCGUCCUUUAUUGAGACGGCCACUGCUGCAGAGAUGACAACAGCAGAAACAGCAGCAACUUUACCUGUGGCAGAGGAGGAGAAGAACAGUCCACUUCACUCAGUUGUGGAAACGUCGUUGGAGACCAGCAACACCGAUGACUGCCACACGCCCUCAUCUGUGUCGCUGAAGGAGCCCAAAAGAAGUCCAGCAACAGCAGCAGCUGCAGAUGAGCCUGUUGAGGAGGAGAAGGAGGAGAAGAACAGCAGUCCACUUCGUUUAGUGGAUCACCACAGCCUGACUGAGUCCUUUAUCGAGAAGGCCACUACCUCGAAAUCAACAACAACAACAACAACAACAGCGGCAGCAGAUUUACCGGCGGCGGAGGAGGAGGAGGAGAAGAAGAAUAGUCCACUACGUCCAGUGGUGGAGGCAUCGCUGGAGACACCCAGCACCACCACCGAUGACUGCCGAACGCCCGCAUCUGUGUCGCUGAAGGAGCCCUCCAAUCCUGCAACAACAGCAUCAGCAUCUUCAGCAUCAUCAUCAUCAGUGGUAGUAAUCAGUACGCCCACUGCUGGCCUUCGGUGUGUCCUGAAGACUUCCGCGACCACCAGCAGCAGCGGCUCAGCCAAAAGACAGCCGCUCAGUGUGCAGUUUAACCGCUUCUCCGAACAGAAGGGACUGACCUCGAGGAAGCGAGUAUCCGUUCCCACGAAGCUCUUUGAUGGGGAGAGGCCCACUGACGAACAGCUGGACGACAAGGACGAGGACGACGCCGUGGACGAGAACGACGUUCCCGAGGACGAUCUGCUGCAGUCUCCGCUGGUUGCUGCUGCUGCUGCUACGCCGCAGAAGACCUACUCAAAGUUGACGCCCGUUUCGACGUUGUCUCGCCGACUUACUCUGUCAUCAUCGGCGGCUAAAAGGCGAAAGAUUGAUCACCAGACUGAGCCUCAGCCUCAGCCACAGCCAUCACCACCGCCACCACCACCGCCCUCAGAAANGGCGAAAGAUUGGUCACCAGACUGA